GUUUUUUAUUAUUAUUAUUUUUUUUUACUUUUUUCAUUCGUUUUGAUUUUUCCGUUCAAAAUCAAGAGAAUCGUAAAUUCCCGAUUCGUCGAAUCCAAUUCGAUUCAGUGUGUAUGAAGUUAUUUAAAGAGCGCGAAUCAACACGGAUUGCAUUCGUCUAGCGCGCGCUGUCAAUUGGCUACUGCUGAACAAUAACCUAAACGUAAACAUCGAAAUGUUUUCGAUGCCGUUUGAAUAAAAAGAAAUUCGGGCGAGAAAAUAGAAAACAAAAUUUUUAAUCGAUUUUUAGAUUUAAACAAAAAGAAAAUAUAGAGAGGAGUAGGGAAAAAAACACGGUGAAAAAGUGGAACGAAGCCGUUUCAUUGUGUGUACAGUUGUGAAGUGAAUAAAAUUCAAUUGGUUUUUAUAUUGUUGUCAAAAUGUUCUACGCACAUAUUGUAUUGGCCAAAAAAGGGCCAUUGGCCCGAAUUUGGUUGGCCGCUCAUUGGGAUAAAAAAUUGACCAAAGCGCACGUUUUUGAAACGAACAUUGAACAGAGUGUCGAUGGUAUAAUGCAGCCAAAAGUGAAAUUGGCAUUGCGUACAUCGGGUCAUUUGUUGCUUGGAGUCGUUCGCAUCUAUUCAAGAAAAGCCAAAUAUUUACUUGCCGAUUGUAAUGAAGCUUUUGUCAAAAUUAAAAUGGCAUUUCGACCGGGAAUGGUCGAUUUGCCGGAAGAACAUCGCGAAGCGGCCGUUAAUGCAAUUACACUUCCAGAAGUUUUUCACGAUUUUGAUACGGCGCUGCCUGAAUUAAAUGAAGUAGAUAUAGAAGCACAGUUUUCUAUAAAUCAAUCAAGAGCCGAUGAGAUUACAAUGCGCGAAGACUACGGUGCCCUGCCGAUGACAAUUCAUGAUGAUGGCUUCGGUGAUAUUGGCUUUGAUGCCGAUGGUCCAGAUUUCAUUCGUGAUGAUGUCGAUACAACCAUUGAUGAACAUUUGAUCAGUGAAGAAUUGGACCUCGACGAACGCACAUUAAAAGAACCAAUUGCUGGAACAUCACGUUCAAUGCAAGAAUUGGAUUCGUCGCAAAUGAUCACCGAUGAUGGUUUCGGUGGAAGCGGUUUUGGUCAAGAACCAGCGGCCGGUUUAUUCGAAGGUGAUUUAUUCGCCGAUGCACCAUUACCACAGUCAACGAUGCAACAAAUCGAACAUGAUUCCGAGGAUGAUUUGGAUGCCGGUUGGGAUAUGGGCGCACAUUCAACGGCGUCAAGCUCGGUCGGUUCAAGACCGCCAACACCAAUGCAAGCGGGACCAUCACAAAUGAUGGACAUUCGAGCGCCAUCGGUAACAUCACCAACACAACAGCAGCUCGAUGAUAUACCGCAUAUCGGUGAAGGUCCAGAGAUAUCUGCUGACGAUGGUUUACCAAGUGCGGCUGCCGAUGCUGUCGAAAGUGCACACGAUCAAGAAGAUGAGCAUGAACUACAUGACGAAGAAAGUUUUGCACUGGCACCGAUCGAUGCAUCAGCGCUGAAAGGAAUCACAAAAACCAAACGAAAACGUAAACUUAUUGUGGACGAAGUGAAAAACAUCUCCGGCGAAGAGAUGAAAAGUCAAUUGGCAAACACAUCGGACAUUAUAACGACAUUAGAUUUGGCGCCGCCAACAAAACGACUUAUGUACUGGAAAGAAACGGGUGGCGUUGAAAAAUUGUUCGCCUUACCAUCCAGAGAUAUUCCAGCCAGAGAAUUGUCAAAGAACUAUCAACGGAAUUUAACAUCACGAUCGACGGGCGUUGAAGAUUUUUCAAUGCUUGGUCCGGCCGAUGCAUUGGCAUUAGAUCAAUAUCAAGAACAACCGCAAGUAAUUUUACAACAACCAGAGCCAGCUGUUCCGGGUAAACGUGGCCGAAAGCGCAAGGUCCAAGAGACUCAAGCACAAGUGCCAGAAGUACGGGCAGCUGAAUUACAAGAAGAAUCAUUAGACGUACUACCACCGCCACAAACACCUCAAAUGCCAAGUCCAGUUCGUGAAAGUGUAUCACAUUUGGAUGGCGAUAUUCCGCUCGCAUACACAUCAAACAAUCUGUCUGUACCAUCUGGAAUGACGCCGCUUCAUGGUGGUAUGACACCAGUUAGUUUGCAUGGUGAUUAUGCGGCCGCAUUUACACCAUUAGAUCAUGGUAUGAUGACACCACAACAUCCGAGCCUCGAUCAAAUUGAAUCGAUACCAAAUUUGCCGGUCGAUCAAGUGUCAUCCAUCUUGAAUGGAACUGAAAUGGAAGGAUUCGCCAAUAUGGGUUAUGACGAUAGUCAUCAAAUUGGUGGACCAGGCAUGUCAGAACGCAUCGCUAGCGAUUGGAAUGAUGAUUACGAUUUCCCGCCAUCAGUUGUUGCACCUCAACCGGGCGAUGAACAAAUGGAAAACGAAACCGACGAACAAUUCGAAGAACGUGUGCUAAAUAAGCGGGCAGCUCAAAUGUUUGUUUCAGUUCGGGCACGUUUACAAAAGCAAGACAGCAUACAAUUGUCAGAAAUGACAUACAGAAACAAUCGAAAACAGGCGGCACAAAAAUUCUAUUCGUUAUUGGUGUUAAAGAAAUUCCAAGCGCUAGAAAUAAGACAAGACGUGGCAUAUGGUGAUAUUGCUGUAACAAAAGGAAUUAUGUUUGAUAAUCCAAAACUCUAAAUGGGGAGCACAUUUAAAACACUCUCCAUCUCUCUCAUACACACAGACACAAAAACAAACACAUCCACUUAUACAUAUGUUACAAUAAGAUGCUUUACACCCUUUAUUGAUUUGCCUCUAGAGACUAGAUUUAAGCGAAACAUUAAACAGAAGAAAAAAACAUAUACCCGUUUAUAUAAUAUAUAUGUCUAAAAAUCAAUUUUCCAAUCAAAAAAUGAUUAGUGAAUCAAAUGUUUGUAUGUGUAACUGAUUUUUGUAUAGCAAAAAUGUUAUUUUUGUUUAUACUGACUUAGUCAAAGUAUCAGUCUAUUCUAAGCAAAUCUAAACAAAAGCACAAAAAAUACAUUGGCAUCAUGAAUAGAGCCGAGAACAUAGCCAAGACAACAACAACAACAAAGAAAAUGAGCAAAAUUAACAAUAAAUGCAACAGAACACACAUUAAGCAUUGUAAACUGUCGUGAAACUGGUGCACACGUGAAAUUCAAUGCGUAAAAUACGCUACCUGUGCUGAUUGGCAGAUUUAUCGCUUCGAGGUCUCCUCUCCAUUUGAAAAUGCCAAAUUCAUGCAUUUUAUAUUAUUCAUGCAUCAGUUUCGUGACUCAUUUUUAUCUCCAUUACAAAAAAUGUAAUGGUCAUUUCAUUUAAUUAAAAACAAACUAUAACAUAGAUUUACUCAAUUCAAAAGUGAACAAAAAUUAUGAAACAAUAUUAUUACGAAGAAGAAGAAUAAUGAGAAGAAAAAAACGAAGAAAGAAUUAGAAGAAAAUAAAGCAACCACAAAAUAAAUGUCAAACUGUACAAAACUAUUUUAGAUUGUGUAAAAGAUGCAAAAACAAUAACAAAAAUCCAACCGAAUCUCAUGAAUGCAUUCGAAUGUCCACCAAAUAUCAAAAUCAACUAAACCCAUAUUCUUUUUAAGUGUGUCUUUGGACACGAUAUUUUAUUGAAAUGAUAAUAAAACAAACAAAGCAAAACAUAUUUUUAAACGAAUAAAAAGAUCAUUAUCUCAUUUAAGAUAUUCAUUCGUUGAGAUUCGGUCGCAUUUUUCGUUAGUUUAAAUGUUCUUAGUUCAGAAUUUCUAUUCAUGUUCUAUAAGCUCAUUUGCGUUUAGCUCUUUGUAUCCUAAAAUGUAAAUAAUGUUGUA